GAUAGAUGAGAUGCACCAGGCACUCCUCUGGCCGUCGCCAGAUGUGGCGCGUGCCAACAUCCAACGCGCCACGGGUGGGCAGCUCAGCGCGCCCAAGGAACUUUAUGCCAAGGGAAAGAUUGCGCUAGAUUGCGCUAGAUUGCGGCCAGUUCAGCACAAUGCUAAACGACGACGAGGUUUCAUUGCUGGCGCGCCACUUCCACGCCAGAGACGAUGCGAACUUUUUCAAGGUGGCCAUAUCGCAAGUUUUGGGCCAGCCUGGGGUCGCGCAGGCCGCAGAGCUGCUGUUCGGCAGAUUGGGACUGGAGUUCGCCGUCUUUCAUGCUGCCUUGAUGCGUCAAGUGGGCCACUUCCCAACAACGCGACGGAUGACAACGGCGGCUCCUAGCCAUGGUUCGGUGCGAGCCUCUCCCGUGCCAGGACCGGCACUCUACGCGCCGCAGAGUCAAUCAGGGCUGACUCAACAGCCUGGUGACAUCAUCAAUGCCAUGGCAGCUCUCCAUGAGCAGCAUCGGCUUGGCAGCCUUACGGACGAAGAGGUGGCCGCUCGGAAUAGCGAAUACCUCGCUACUCUCCGAGCAUCUUCAGAGGUUCCAUCUGUGUUCUCUACUAUCAGCUCCCCGUCGCCAUGGCCCGCGAGAACUCUUCCCAUACCCGCUGAUCGCUUUGGAUCCGGGCCAUGGCCAGCUACAUCUACGCUGUGCACCCCAGUCACCAUGUUCGCUGCCGAAGCGGGUAUCUUAGGGUACGAUGUUGAGCCCGGGUGGUCCGCAGUACCUGAAGAACAAAGGGCAGUUUACCGUGCCCGGUCAGAGACUCUGCGCCGAGAGGCCUGGGCCCAGCAUGAGACAACUCUAGCCGAAAGACCGGCACCUUCUGUGCUUCCCUUGCCAGAACAGGGGCAGCAUUCAUCGAGUCGCUUAUCAGGGCUUAUGAGUCGUGGAGAGAGGCUUGCUGGCGUGCCCGCGCGGCCGGGGAUUAUCACAGGGCUGGGCAAAUUUCGCGAUGAGCAAGAAUUUGAAUGGCAGGAAGUGUUGAGGAGGUGGGAAACCCUACCUAAAGAGCAGAGACAGACGUAUGAGGCGAGGGCUGCAACGGUCAAUGCUUCUGCUAAGGCUGCGUUUGAUGGGGGCGCAAUUCUGUGAAGUAUACAUGUAUAUAGUAAUGAACGACCGAAUAAUUUAAUCCUAUCUAUCAUACGAUUGACCAUGCACCCAUCAUGAUUGCGCCUUCAUUCCUGCCCAUUCGCCACGAGGAUGCGGCCGCCGUCAAUGCAUAAGUUUAUGCCGUCAACG